GGACAAUCACAAUCUCCAGGAGCGCCACCAAAGACCAGAUUAUAGCUGCAUGUCUUCGAGCAUUCCAUAUACACGACGAUCCCCGCCAUUACAUUAUCACCGAUGCUUACGAUACCAAUGAGAAAGAGCUCUGCGAAUUCAUGCCCGUCCAGAGUCUCAUUAGGGUCGAAGGCAAACGAUGCGGACUGUUCUUCAGGUAUAGACCGCCCAAUCCAGAUGAAGGUUCCGUAAAAGUGUAUCCGGGAAAGUUAAACGUGACCGACACCUAUAGAGUCAUUCCCGUGACUCUGGACACCAGUGUCGAGGACGUGAUGAUCGCCGCAUUGGAUCAGUUCGGCUUAGAUUCGGGUGAUUUGAAUCGAUAUCGUUUGGUUGAAGUGUCGUUAGACAAAGGAUCUGUUCACGAGAGAACUAUGGAUAACACAGAGAGUCCCUGGGCUAUUAUCAAAAGUUUAGCACGGGACUCAAUCCGCCAGAAAGACAACACCCGGUUCUACCUGCAACAGGUGGAUGAGGUCUACUGUUCCAAUGUCGCCAUUUUUGUGGGCAAUUUACCACCGAAUCUGUCUCAACGACAAUACGAAAGAAUUUUAGUUGAAUUACUAGGAAAACGUAAGUGUUUUACGGGUAAAUUCACGCCACGCUUCCGGUAUAAUAGGGUU